AUGACUCAAAUAAAUACUUAUUUUAAUAUUGCAGAUAAUAGUGGUGUAAAAAAAAUAUUAUGUAUACAAAAUUUAACAAAAAAAACUAAAAAAAUAGAAAUAGGAGAUUUAAUUGUAGGUGUUAUUAAAAAAAUUAAUAAUACAAGUAAAUUAAUUUACUCUAAUAUAGUUUAUGGAAUUGUUAUUAGAUUAAAAAAAAAUAUAAAUUUAUAUAAAAAAUAUAAUAUUUCUUUUAAUGAUAAUUCUGCUGUAUUAGUAGAUAAAAAUUUAAACCCAAUAGGAUCUCGUAUAUUUGGAACUAUUCCUAAAUUUUUAAAAAAAAAAAAUUAUUUAAAAUUAUAUUCAUUAACUGUAGAUUUUAUUUAA